GGACAAGUAGUCAGGAGAUGUUACUGAGUGCUCUGUGCCUAGGUGUCGUCACGUUGCCAGCCCUGUAGAGAUGCGAAAGGACAAAGCCGUGCGAGCAGCGCAGACAUGCUAGAGGCCGAGCCCUAUCGAUAACCGCAUGCGGACCCACCAAGCCCACCCAUCGAACAAGCAAUCCAGUCCAACGCUGUCCAACCCGCUCGUUACACCCAGAUACUCGGAUUCAACUGCCCAUGUAAACGCCCUAUUUUCUCCAAUUCCGAACAUUCCAUUUUACUCUUCGACUUUCUUUGAGCAUUAAAGCACGAUGGAUGCGGCGCACGACCACCACCAGCAGCAACAGCUUCCCCCAAGCCCACCGCCCUCUCCCCCAACAACGCGACGACGACCCAAGAAGGACGCGGAUCCCUUCUUCGAUCUCGGCCACGCGCGAACGCCCCUGCCCUCUCCCUCCCCACCCGCAUCGCCCAGCAACGAGCGCGACGAGCCUCAAGAGUAUCUCAUCACGCGACUCAUUCUUACACCGCUCUACUUCACCUCCUUCCUCAUCUCCCUCUUCCUCGUGAACCGCUCCGACCGCGCCCGCCGCGCCUCGUCCGCCUCGCGCACAUCCACCGUUUUCAGCUACCUGUGGCCCAGCGCGUGGAUAGAUCCAGAGCCGUAUCAGGACCCCGUAGACACAACCUGGGAUCGACGCGACUCCGCGCCGCACGUCGAGCCGCAUGCUGCAAUAUCGCCUCGGCAGGCGGAAGACAAGGGGAAGAGGAAAAGGAAAUCAUGGCAUCUACACAGGAAUAUACGGAAGGUAGCCAGACUGGAGAUCAGCGACGCGUUUGAGAUGCGCGGACGUGUUAUGCUGGGUAUCGUUGGCUCUCUGGUGGGGGUUGCGGUGGGUGGUUGCGCGGUUGUGGUGGAGAUAAGCAUAAGCACAUCGCAGCAGAAGGAUUAGGAGGGUGUGUGAGGAUCGCGGUCAUCACGGAAGUGGUGGGUGGGACGAGGCGCCAUCUACUGCAGUGUAAUCUAUCGGGACCGGGAUUUGGCAUGGUCACAUUGGGUAACGAGUCACG